CGCGCCGCGCCGCUCGCCAACGACGCGGAGUUGCCGCGGCCGGCGACGAAGGCCGUUUUCAUCGACAAACGACCGCUCGACGACGAAUUUUCGGUGACGUUACGGGCGGAAGACGGGUCCCGCAUCCUGCGCUUCGCGUCGAACGCGGGGUUUUGUGGGGCAGGCGUCCUUAUCUCGACGCGCGGUGCCUUAGACGUGUUCCCGCAGUAUCGAAGCCCCAUCCCGCCGCGGGCUGACGUCGAGCUACGACUCGAUCUGCGCCGCGCCGAAGGUGCACAGGCGCCGUUGCUCCCCGUGGCGCACGACGCGCUCGCCGUG